CUUAUUACAAUUGAAUACAUUUGGGGAAGAUAGAGUAGUCGUUCUUUUUAAUAAACUUUGAAUUUGAAUGGUUUUUCAUUUUCGUUUCACGUAUUUGGGAAGAAUUACAUCAUAAUUUCUCAAUCGCAAGAGUGAAAUCUAACUUAUAUGAUGACCCAAAGGAAUUUCUUGGAACUUCGUCAGGAAUCAGGAUCCAGGAGACUUGGAAAGCUUUGCUUGAAGCUUGUCGUUUACAUCCAUAAAUUGACGUAUCAUAUGGGGACAAAAUAAAUACAAUAUCUUUCUUGACGUAUCGUCUCGAUCGUUGACAAAUCCCCAAAAAAUGCAGAGUCAAAGCUCUCCAAACCCACCUUCUUCGACUUUCGCCGCGGGACCCAACUGCACCCAAUUUCUCCAUUCCGAUCAUCUCAGUGCCACAAUCUCUCUUGGUCGACCAGUCAAUUUUCAGAAGAAAGCUGUAUCAUCUAUGAUGGCACUCUGGAAUUUUUCUUGCAAGUUUUAUAGCUCGUUUCCGGUUUCUAUUAACAACUUCAACAAUAGAGUGGCCAUUUUCUUUAAUUUGAAUCUGUUCCCUUUUGUGGGUAUAGUUGAUUUUUCGUGCAUUACGAACUUCCCUGAUUCGGGUUUCAAGAUCCGAGGCCAUAGAAAAUUACUGGAGUGGAGUUUCAUAGUGGAUGAGUAAAUGAAUUCAGGUCUCCACAAAGCAUUGGCUUCUAGUUUUGGUGGAACUAGAAGAACUGAAAAGCUACUGAAAUCUUCUUCUUCUAAUAAACUUAUACCUGAAGGCUUGCCCUCAGAGAAGAAAAUUCUUGAUCCACAAGGGCCAUUUCUUCAAAGUUGGAACAAGAUAUUUGUGCUGUCUUGUGUGAUUUCUGUUUCGCUGGAUCCUUUGUUCUUUUAUGUUCCUGUGAUUGAUAAUAGAAAGAUGUGUCUUAGGUUAGAUGGGAAAAUGGAGACUGUAGUCUGUAUAUUGCGAUUUUUCACAGAUUUAUUCUAUGUUGUGCAUAUUGUUUUUCAGUUUCGUACGGGAUUUAUUACUCCAUCUUCCCGAGUAUUUGGAAGAGGUGUUUUAGUAGAAGAUUCCUUGACAAUAGCAACGAAGUAUCUGUCAUCAUACUUUCUAAUUGACAUUUCUUCAGUCCUCCCACUUCCACAGGUGGUGGUUCUGAUAACAAGAGGUUCGAGAUCAUUGAAAACGAAGGACUUGCUGAAAUAUGCUGUAUUGUGUCAAUUUGUGCCGAGGUUUCUUCGAAUCUAUCCACUGUACAAAGAGGUUACGAAGACCUCGGGCAUACUCAUUGAAACAGCUUGGGGAGCUGCAUUUAAUCUCUUUCUGUACAUGCUAGCCAGCCACGUAAUUGGGGCGAUCUGGUACUUAUGUUCCAUAGAACGAGUAGCCCAGUGCUGGCAAGAUGCUUGUAGCAAGCAUUCUGACUGUACCUUUACUUCUUUGUAUUGUGAUCACAAUUACAGUAAUGAAGGGAAUCAAUUCCUCACUGUUAUGUGCCCUGUCAAAAAGGCAAAGAUAGGACCUUUUAACUUUGGAAUAUUCAUUCAAGCCCUUCAGCCUGAUAUUAUGGAAUCAGGUUUUCCGAAGAAGUUCCUUCACUGCUUCUGGUGGGGCUUGAGGAAUCUAAGCUCUUUGGGGCAAAAUCUUACUACAAGUCCUUGCACAUGGGAAAACUGCUUUGCCAUUUUCAUUUGCCUCACUGGCUUAGUUUUGUUUGCAUCUCUCCUAGGCAACGUGCAGAUGUAUUGGCGAUCCACAAACACAAGAGUGGAGGAGAUGAGAGUGAGAAGGAAAGAUGUUGAACAGUGGAUGCAACAUCGCUUACUCCCUGAGAAUCUGAGGGAGCGGGUCCGUAGGUAUCAACAUUACACAUGGCAAGAAACCAGAGGUGUUGAUGAACACAGCCUGCUGCAUAAUCUGCCUAGAGACAUCCAAGGAGACUUUAAGCGGCAUCUUUGCUUGGCUUUGCUUAUGCAAGUUCCAAUGUUUGAAAAGAUGGACGGACAAUUGUUGGACGCGAUGUGUGCCCAUCUCAAGCCAGUGCUGUACACAGAAGAAAGCUGCAUUGUUCGGGAAGGUGAUCCAGUCGAUGAAAUGCUCUUCAUCAUGAGAGGCAAGCUCUUAACCAUGACUACAAAUGGUGGGAGAACUGGAUUCUUCAACUCUGAUUUCCUCAUGGCUGGUGAUUUCUGUGGAGAAGAGCUACUGACUUGGGCUCUUGACCCUCAUUCCUCAACCAAUCUCCCAAUUUCAACUCGAACUGCUCGAUCUCUAACAGAAGUUGAAGCAUUUGCUUUUGAACCCAACGACUUGAAAUUUGUAGCAUCACAGUACCGCAGACUUCACAGCAAGCAGCUACGCCAGAUUUUUAGAUUUUACUCACAGCAGUGGAGAACCUGGGCAGCUUGUUUUGUACAAGCAACAUGGCGGUGGCGACGCCAUCAAAGAAAUAAGCUCAGAGAGUCUCUCAAGGAAGAAGAGAGUAGGUUGAAAGAAGCAUUAGCUUGCCUCGAGGGGCGGUCAUUGAGUUUAGGCGCCACCAUCCAUGCAUCUAGAUUUGCUGUUAACAUGCUUCGUGUGGUGAAACGAAAUAGCACAAGAGCUAGGAUGUCCAUGCUGCUUCAGAAACCAGCUGAGCCAAAAUUUACCUUGAAAGAUAACAACACGUAGCCAUACAGUAGAAAGAUGACAUUCAAAUUUAUUGUUCAUCACUUUGUAUUGCUUUUUGGUUUGAAGAUGAGGACAUGUUAAACUGUUGUUCAAGUUUGGAAUGGUUGAUUUCAUUGCACAGGUUUGUGAAUGGCAUUUACAAUAUCUUUGGUAGAAUCCUUCAAAUAAUGGAGUUUUGGUUGUAAUUCAUUAUGCAGUAAGCAGAAAUGUUUUUCUGCUUUUUGUUAUUACACAUUGACCAGUCUAUGGUAGAGGGUCCCAGUUUCAGUGGAAAUUAUUGAACUCCGGUCUUCCCUAAAUAAAUUUCUAGUUAUACUGCA